CUCAGUCCAGCCCCACCCACGUGCGCGCAGCCGCCUCGCGCCACUUGAGAAGCGGUGAGGUUCUGAGAUUUCACUAUGACACUGGAGGCGAUCCGCUACUCCCGGGGCUCGCUGCAGAUCCUCGACCAACUCCUGCUGCCCCAGCAGAGCCGCUACGAGGCGGUGGUCUCCGUGCGCCAGGCCUGGGAGGCCAUCCGCGCCAUGAAGGUGCGCGGUGCCCCGGCCAUCGCGCUGGUGGGUUGUCUCAGCCUCGCCGUGGAGCUACAGGCGGGCGCCGGGGGACCCGGACUUGCUGCACUCGUGGCCUUCGUGCGCGAUGAAUUAAACUUCCUCGUCACUGCCCGACCCACGGCCGUCAACAUGGCCCGCGCGGCCCGAGACUUAGCCGACGCCGCAGCCCAGGAGGCAGAGCAAGAGGGCGCCACAGUGGAGACGGUCCGGGAGAGGGUGAUCCGCUGUGCUGAGGACAUGCUGGAGAAAGACCUCAGAGACAAUCGGCGCAUUGGGGACCUGGGAGCUCGCCACCUCCUGGACCUGGUGGCCCCGGAGGGCGGCAAGGUGACCGUACUGACUCACUGUAACACUGGUGCACUGGCCACUGCUGGCUAUGGCACAGCACUGGGUGUGAUCCGCUCUUUGCACAAGCUAGGCCGUCUGAAGCACGCUUUCUGCACAGAGACCCGGCCUUACAACCAGGGAGCCCGACUGACGGCCUUUGAGCUGGUCUAUGAGCAGAUCCCUGCCACCCUUAUUGCCGACAGUAUGGCGGCUGCUGCCAUGGCCCACCGGGGCGUGUCAGCUGUCGUAGUGGGAGCGGAUCGUGUGGUUGCCAAUGGUGACACAGCCAACAAGGUGGGCACCUACCAGUUGGCCAUUCUAGCCAAGCACCAUGGCAUCCCCUUCUAUGUGGCUGCCCCCAGCUCCUCAUGUGACCUCCACUUAGACUCAGGCCAGGAGAUUGUCAUUGAGGAGCGCCCAGGACAGGAGCUGACCGAUGUUCACGGGAUCAGGAUCGCAGCACCUGGUAUUGGGGUUUGGAACCCUGCCUUUGAUGUUACCCCCCGUGACCUCAUCACUGGCGGCAUCAUCACAGAACUGGGUGUCUUUACCCCCAAGGAGCUUCAGGGAGCCCUCAGCACCACCGUCUCCUGAGAAGCCUGGAUGGAUCCCAGAAAUAACCAACCCUGCUCCCACAAUCUUAGGUUUUAUAAUAAACUCAGUGUGUUACCUACCCAAA